CUCCACAAUUAAUCUCUAUUCUAUAUAUACAUGCAUUUGUAGAUGUUAUAGAUGCAAAGAGUAGCUAGUUCUUUCACUAUUCUCAUCAUGGAGAUCAAUAAUCAAGGGCCACAAAUAAUUCCACGAGUUCUCAUCUUUCCCAUACCAGCUCAAGGACACGUCAGCCCGAUGUUAAACCUGGCAGAGCUUCUUGCCAUGUCAGGCCUCCACGUCACCUUUCUAAACACCGACCACAUUCACAAUCGUCUCAUAAAGUACACCGAUGUAAAAACUCGGUGUACUAAGUACCCAGGCUUCCUUUUCAAGACCAUCUCAGAUGGUCUAGAAAAGGAGCACGGUAAAUCAGUUUGGGAUUUUAUUUUUCAUCUACAAAAAAACAUCAAGCCGGUUUUGAAAGAGAUGCUCGUCUCCGGCCAACUCGGAUCGGGUGAAAGUCCUUACAUUACUUAUAUGAUUUUGGAUGGAUUAUUUGGUGAGUUUACUAUAGAUGUUGCUGAGGAGCUUGGAAUUCCUUGUGUUCAUUUUAGGACAGCCUCUGCUUGUUGUUUUUGGUCUUUCUUUUUCUUUCCGCGUCUUGUUGACACCGGAGAGAUUCCGAUCACAGAUAUGGACAGGCUUGUAACAAGUGUGCCAGGAAUGGAAAGUUUUCUACGAUGUCGUGAUUUGCCAAGUCUAUGCCGAGUGAGUGACACAACUGACAAAGCUUUCCAAAUGAUUCCUCAAGUGGCUAACCAUAGUCGUCGAGCCCGAGCAAUUAUACUCAAUACAUUUGAGGAUCUCGAAGGUCCAAUUGUGAAUCGCUUGACUGAGUUUUGCCCUAAUAUUUACACAAUUGGGCCUCUUCAUGCCCACCUAAAUGACAAGUUGUCCAAUAGUCUUUACGAUGUAGACCGAAGCUGUCUCACUUGGCUCAAUUCUCAACCUCCAAAAUCAGUUAUCUAUGUUAGUUUUGGUAGCGUCGCUAUAAUGACAAAACCCGAGUUAAUCGAGUUUUGGUAUGGUUUGGUAAACAGCAAGCAUCGCUUCUUAUGGGCGAUGCGGCCGGACAUGUUAGUGGGGAUUGAGGAUGGCGACAAUUCAAUCUUGGCGGAGUUAAAAGAGGCAACAAGAGAGAGAGGGUUCAUGGUGGGCUAUGCUCCACAAGAGCAAGUUCUGGCCCACACCGCUGUGGGUGGGUUUCUGACCCACAGCGGUUGGAACUCAACUUUGGAGAGUAUAGUCUCAGGAGUACCAAUGAUAUGUUGGCCUUCUUUUGCGGAUCAACAAAUCAAUAGUAGAUUUGUUAGUCGAGUAUGGAAUCUUGGAUUGGAUAUGAAGGAUGUUUCUGAUAGGAAAGUUGUGGAAAGGAUGGUGAAUGAUUUGAUGGUAAAGAGGAGGGAAGAGUUUGUUAAAUCAACGGCUGAGAUGGCUAGAUUAGCCAAAAUGAGUGUAAAUGAAGGUGGGUCAUCUUAUUCUAAUUUGAAAAGGUUGAUAGAGGAUAUAAGAGUUGUGGGAGCAAGUGAAAACACUACAUGA